UACCCGUAGAAAAGGCUGAUGUGGAGAUUAAAAAUAUCCAAGUUUCAUCUGACUGUGCGGCACAGUGUAUCAACUCUAUGACUAUAUUAUGUAAUGGUUUUGAUGUAUGUAUCCAAUCCGGUAGAUGUCUUCUCUAUACUGACCAUGCCACUACUGUCCCUUCCUCAAAUACUGAGAAUUGUCAACAUUAUUCAAGGUUAGUUAAUAGUACUGGACCAGUUAUUCCAAUGGAGCAUGCCUUCUCGGUAUUAAAAGAUCUGGUUUAUAAAAAAUUAAUUAAGAUAACUGUACCCCAGGUGGCUGGAGAUCCGUUUGUAUAUGUCGCAUCUAAUAUAAGAGAUGAUAUCAACCAAGCUGUAUCACCAGUUGAUACUGAAGGUGCCUUUCUACAACAGUUCACUGUCUUUGGAAAUAAUACUGUACUUACUAAAUAUGACACGACUUUUUCUAAUACUGCUGUGGAUGACUGCGCCACCUUUUGUGCCACUGAAGAUCGUUUUGAUUGUCAAUCGUUUGAAUAUUGCUACACAACGGGCGAUUGUUCUUUGAGUAGAAUUCAUCCAGAUCAACGCCCAGAUUUAUUGACAAAAAACUCAUUUUGUGAUAUGUAUAACAGACAAUAUCUAAAAGAAUAUCAACAAUACAAAGGUGAGGUAUUGUCGACACAAGCUGAUAAAGUCUUGCCUAAAAUAGUUAAUUCAGAAGACUGUUCUGGUGCUUGUUCAAAAGAACAUUCGUUUAACUGUGAAUCGUUUGAUUUCUGCCGCGGUGAUCUACCAUCUUGUCGUUUACGAAAAACACACAUUUUAGAUGCCGGUAAAACCGUGACAACCAGUUCAACUUGUGAUCAUUAUUCAAGAAACUAUAUCUUUGAUUUUCGCGACACUGGUGGUCGUCUGGUGAAAGGUAACAAUGACAUCAUCAUAAAUGCAGCUUCGUCAUCAGAUUGUGCGAAGGUUUGUGUUGAUCAAACAGGGAUUAUGUGUAAUACGUUUGAAUAUUGUGGUAACGUGACACAAUGUCGUCUAUCUACUGGUGUUUCUAUUGGAUAUCGGACUGAAGCAGAUGUCUGUGAUGUCUAUACAAGAGUAACCGCUGCUAAACCAAACAAUAAUAAUAAUAAUAAUAAUAAUAAUAAUACUAAUCCGGGCAAUCAACUUUGUAAAAGUAAUACAUCCACUGACAACACUGGUGCGAUGAUAGGAAUAGCUUUCGGUAUGCUGCUACCUGGCAUUGUUCUUGGAGCUUUAGGAUUAUUUAUAUUCCAGAAACGUCGACGUAAUUCCGAUCCUAUGAACAUUCAGUUUAUUCGUCAUAAUGAUUAACAAUAUCGUGAAAUUAGAA